AUGUCCUACCGCACCACCUCCAGCUCCUCCUCCGCCUACUCUUCCUACUCCUCUUCCACCUCUAACGACAACAAUAACAACCCCCGAACCGAAACGACCGGCCACCGCUACGCCACCACCUCCCACACCGACCCCACUGGCGCUACUACCGUCCGCACCGGAUACCAGAACCUAGGCGAGGAGCCGGUUUUCGAAGAGCGGAGAUUCGAUUCCGCGGGUCGGGAGGCCGCGUUGUUGGAUACGCAGGGUGGGAUGGGUGCUGCGGGGGGAACUAGGGCUAUUAGGGAGUUGGAUGAGGAUGCUGAUGAGGGGGAGUGGGAGGAUGGGACUUAUUGA